AUGCAGCAAAUAAAUUACGAUUAAGUCCUGCUAACAUUUUAAUGCUCACGCAAGCAUUUAGUUAUUGAUUCUAAAUACUACGUCUACCUCCUUCCCAAGGCUUUGAUACUUUCAAGCAAUCCAAAACAACAAAACCCAAAAUACAAUGUGUAAUUAAGUUUAACAUCCAAAAUUCAUUGGAUAACAAAGUCGAAGUCCCCAAUAAUUGAACAAUUUGGAUUUCAAUAUAAAGAUGAAAUAAAAUUCUUCUCUGCUCCAACAAAGGAUUUGCAACAGCUUAAAGAUUUAAUGCAGGGUUAAAUCAUGUACAAAGACAUUAGCGAUUUCUAUACUCCCAUUUAUAUGUUGGGCAAAGGUGGUUCUUCUAAAGUUUAUUUGGUCACCAAAAAAUACGAUCAAUCUCAAUUUGCAUCCAAAUGUGUUGACAAGAGAUAUUUGCAAGAAGAUGGAGGAUAUAAUGCUUUGUUCAAUGAAAUCUAACUAAUGCAAAGGUUAAAACACGACAACAUUAUACAAUUGAUUGAUCUUUAUGAAGGAGAAAACACUUUUUAUAUGAUUUUGGAAUAUUUGGAAGGGAAAAGCUUGCAUGAAUUACUGAAUUAAAGAUAAUCAAUUUUCGAAUAAGAACAAAUUUAAAUAAUAAUUAAAUUAAUUUUACAAGCAAUUGAUUAUAUGCAUUCUUAGGGAAUUAUGCACAGAGAUUUAAAACCAGAAAAUAUUAUGUUUAAAUAAACCAAUAAAAUAUCAACUCUAAAAAUAGUUGACUUCGGUUUAGCCACCCAUCAAAAUGUGGAUGUGUUUCCAUUCCCAAAAUGUGGAACACCUGGAUAUGUGGCACCUGAAAUUGCUAAUUUAAAAGAUUUAACUUAAAAAUAUACUGCAAUUUGCGAUGAAUUUAGUGUUGGCUGUAUAUUUUACAAACUGUAAUUAAAGUAUUUACCACUAUAUAGGUGUACUGGAAAAGAACUCUUUCCUGGAAGUGAUUAUUAAGAGAUCCUACGAUUAAAUAAGAAAUGCAAUAUUGUCUUAGAUAGUCUGACUAUCUACAAAACUCCAGCUGAAGCUAUAGAUUUAAUAACUUAAUUACUCAAACUAAACCCAAAAGAAAGGAUUACUGCUUAAAAUGCUCUAUUGCAUCCAUACUUUUCGUAAAAAUACGAAAGCAGAAAGAUCAAAUUCUAAUAAUCUAAUGUUACUAAAUAGAAUCCUAUGUUCUAAACUCAAAAUUUCAAUACUAAAGUUGUAAAUUUAAUUCUAUAAAAAUUUGAAGAGGAAAUUGUGGAAGAAGAAAAUACAAAAUAAUUAAGUAUUCCUGUUAUGCAAAAUAUGAAAUCCUUUGGAUAAAUUCAGCAAAAUGCUUAUUCACCAUAGAAUCCUCAACCCAGAAAAAAUAUGAAAAAGUUUCAAACCUCUGAAUUUGACCAAUACACUCAAACUAUUUCACCGUAACUUAAUAAUUUUAAACCCUCCCUCAUCAUGAAUUGUGAUACUUUUACUAAUUCGCCGAAUCCAGAUAAAACAGCACAAACAACGAGAAAUACUCUAGUAAAUAAGGGAUAAGCUACUGAGGCUAUUAAUUUUAUGUAUAAAAUCGAAGAGGAGCAGGAGGAAGACAAGGGAAUAUAGAAAUGA